GGGAUUAACCCGUUUCAUUCUAUGCAAAAAAGAAACAUCUGAAUUCAGUUUAUUUGAAUUAUUAAUUUAUAAACAUUCUUUUAAAUAUAGACGUAGAACAAUAUAACAGCGGAUAAACACAUAUUUGAAAAUGGGCUCUUUAAUCUAGCAGUGAGAGAGAUAACAUGAUCUGGUGGCUAGAAGUAAUGAGGUGUAACUUUUAACAAUGAAGGCAAUUAACCACUAGAACAAUUUCCCAAGAGUUGUGGUGGAUUCUCCAUCACGUCCAGGCUUUAAAUCAAGAUUGGAUAUUUUUCUUAAAAGAUCUGUUUUAGGAAUUAUUUUGGGUGAACUUUUGUGGUCUGUUAUACAGGAGACAUAUUAGAGGUCACAGUGGCCCCUGCUGGCCUUGCAAUCUAGAAAGAGUCAUAAUUGUGUGUGAGGAGUUUGAAGAAGUGAAGCACUAUGGAAAUUCUAAGUAUUAAUAAAUAAAUAAUAAUUAAUCGUUUGUAAUCAGAGUGAAGUUUAGUUAAACCAGAGAAGCUGAAAAUAAUAGCUAAAAAGGGAACAGCACAGAAGACCACAACACUUACUCAACUGAGUUUUAACUUUUAUGUGGCAGCAACUUGGGUGUUUUCAGACUUGUAGCUUAAGCUGAAAUGUAUCUGCUUCCCUGUCUGCCCCCACUACAUGCACUGUUGUUCUAAAAUGAUUGGCUGUGGGACUAGAAACAGCUGUAUUGAACCUUGAUUUUUAAAGAGGUUGCAGGUCUUCCUGCUGCUUAGCCAGUUGGUAGCAGUUAAGACUAGAGAAGAGAGUGAGAGCAAAGUAGCUGUUUCCAUAUAGUUUCAAGACAGCUUGAUUCCUGUGUGAUGGAAUGUGUUUGCAGCUGUCAGAUGAAUUAAUCCUUGCUAUCCUCAUUUUGACUUGCAAUCCGUUGGGUUUGUGCAGAUGGAGAAGUUCUGCAGCAAAUAUUCUUUCCAAACAAAAGAUUUUCUUUCCUUUCCUUCCCUUUAUUUUUUAUUUUUGGACUAUCCUAAAAACACAUAACUUUGUAUGUAAAUAUAUGCAAGCUGAUUAUAGGCUGGGGCAUAUGCCAAGGUUUGAAUGAACUCAAGAGUGUUUCACAUUAAAAUGUGAAGCCCUGACAGGAUCAGUGCAUCUAACUUAAGACAGCUUCUUGAUUAGCAUGAGACUGGGUGGCUGCCUUGUUUCCUGCCCUUCAAUAGCUAUUCACUGUUUUCAAAGGCGGAGAACUGUUCAGCGGAGGAGCUGUGGCAACUUGAGCAGACUAUACACGGUGGACUCACUGAGAACAAAUGUUUGGAUUUUUUGCAGUCUAGCCUCCCAAGCCUGCAGGAGCUUGUGUAUUAGAGAGGAAUAUACAUACAUCCAUUAAAACAAAUAACUGCACACACAAAAGAAACAACUGGCAAACUGCUGCAAGAGGGCAAAGGACAGAGAAGCCUCAGCCAUUAUGACCAUCUGUUUCUCCUGGAUUCUACAAGAAUACAUUUGCUGUUUCCUGUAGGUGAUAUAUGCUAGAUGUGUGAAUGAGACACAUGCACAUCCAGUGUGUAUGGAUAAGCGGUGGGUGCUGCUAACAGGAAGAUUGAUCGAAUGAUUAUUGCAGCAAUGGCUUAGGCUGCUUCUAUUGAUUCUUGGCUUGGAUCCUGAUAAGUGAAGAAAAAUGACUUUCACUGUUAUCAAAGGGUCAUUCUAAUUCUGUGAUGCUGGAGAUUUGACAGUGCUUCUUACAGUUCCUGGGUGCUCUGUGUUUCGGGUCAAAACCAAAGGCAGUGGGGCUUUCGUAAUUUGUUUGGGUCUUUUUUGUUCUGGCUCACACUUGGCUAAGCACUCCUAUGCUGAAUCGGGCUAUUGUUUGGGAUCCCAGAGCUUUUCAUGCUGCAAUACCCUACCCUUUCCCCCCCCCUUGCUUAAGAAGCCACAUAAUGUGCCUUUCCUCCACAUGAAUCUGGAAGCUAUAAGCUGGACUGAUUGCAAAUGAAGUGUAAUGCAUUGUGGGACGUGUGUAAAAUUGGAUCAUUCGAAGGGGGGGGGGAGAGAAGGAACAGACCUGCAGUUUGCUUCAUACAAGAGGUAGUGGCAAAAUGUUUGCAGAUUCUACCCAAGCUGUGCCUGUAGCAGACUAAUGAAACGAAGCAUCGCAAGCACGCUGUGAGGCCUGACUCAUGCCACUGCUGCGGGAGGAUUAGACUGCAGGUAGCCUCAAAAUGAAGAAGACACGGAGUACAACCUUACGGCGAGCCUGGCCUAGUUCAGAUUUCUCUGACCGGGCCUCAGACCGCAUGAGGUCCCGCAGUGAAAAGGACUACCGACUGCACAAACACUUCCCACCAGCUUUUAUUGCCCAGGCAUCACGGGGCUACAUGACAUCAGGUGAUGUAUCACCAAUCAGUAUGUCUCCGAUUAGUCAGUCACAGUUUAUUCCACUUGGAGAAAUCCUUUGCUUGGCCAUCUCAGCAAUGAACUCUGCACGAAAGCAAGUCACACAAGAAGCACUAAUGGAACACCUAACAACCUGCUUCCCAGGCGUGCCAACACCCAGCCCUGAAAUUCUUCGGCAUACCUUGAAUAUGCUUGUGCGAGAGAGGAAAAUAUAUCCAACUCCAGAUGGCUAUUUCAUCGUGACCCCACAGACUUAUUUUAUAACCCCAUCCCUGAUAAGAACUAACAGCAAAUGGUACCAUUUGGAUGAGAGGAUACCUGACAGGUCUCAGUGUACCUCUCCACAACAAGGAACUAUAACUCCCUCCACCUCAGGCUGCGUCAGAGAUCGAACUUUACCCAAAAACCACUGCGACUCUUGCCAUUGUUGCAGAGAAGACAUGCAUAGCAUGCAUGCGUCCACCCUACAGAGAAAAUCAGCAAAAGACUGCAAAGACUCGUAUUGCCCUCCUUCUCUAUGUCAGGUACCACCCACUGAAAAAAGUAAAAGUACUGUAAAUUUUUCUUAUAAAGCAGAGACACUCUCAAAGCCUAAAGAUGUAGAAAAGCAAUCUAAAAAAUUUGGACUGAAAUUGUUUCGGUUAAGCUUUAAAAAGGACAAGGCAAAACAGUUGGCCAAUUUCUCUGCUCAGUUUCCUCCUGAGGAAUGGCCCCUGAGGGAUGAAGACACCCCUACCACUAUACCUAGGGAGGUAGAAAUGGAGAUUAUUAAGCGCAUUAACCCAGACUUGACUGUGGAAAAUGUAAUGAGGCAUACUGCACUAAUGAAGAAACUUGAAGAAGAAAAAGCUCAAAGAAGCAAAGCUGGUUCUUCAGCUCACCAUAGUGGGCGAAGCAAAAAGAGUAGGAAUCACAGAAAGUCUCAUGGGAAAUCUCGGUCACAUAGCAAGACCCGGGUGUCCAAAGGAGACCCUUCAGAUGGUUCCCAUUUGGAUAUACCAGGUGAAAGAGAGUAUGAGUUCUAUGAUCCCCUUACUAGAUCCCCUCGGGAAGGCUGUUUCAUAAUAGAGCACAAAGGAGAUAAUUUUAUCAUGCACAGCAAUCCUAGCGUGAUUGAGUCUCACUUUCCCAUGACACCAGAAUGGGAUGUAUCUGGUGAACUGGCCAAAAGAAGAACUGAGAUGCCUUUUCCUGAACCUUCAAGGGGAAGCUCCCAUUCCAAAGUCCAUCGAAGCCACAGCCAUACACAAGAUAGAAGGUCAAGGAAUGAAAGGUCUAACAAAGCCAAGGAAAGAUCUAGAUCGAUGGAUAACUCUAAAGGACCUCUAGGUGCUGCUACUUUAGGUACACCUGAAGACGUAGCUGAAGGCUGUAGCCCAAGUGACCAAACAACUAGCCAAGCAUAUAUUGAUGACAGUACCUUAAGGCCUUCACAAUCACUCAGUCAUCAAAGGGCUCUGAUUUCAUCUGCAAAUUAUAAAGAUGCGUGUGUAUCUGAAAUAGUUAGUGGCAAUGUAGAAAGUGCCAGUUCCUGUGGCCUAUUGGAACAAAGCAAGCCUACAGAGAAUUUACCAUCUUAUAGUGAUCUCAACUCCUGCACAACAAAAUCAGCAAUUGAUGAUUAUUUUCAAUGCAACACUUCGAGUGAGACUGUACUUACUGCUCCAUCACCACUAGGGAAAAAUAAAGAGGACCAUGACACAGUGACUUUAACAGAUGGAAUCAAAAAACUUUCUCCCUCAGAAAGACAACCCCAACACAUAGCCAGAGAACCUGCAGUGCACAAAGAGGAGUCCCCUAAAGGUCCAAGUGGGGGUCCAGUUGUUGCUGGCCAGACCCCUGAGGUGAUUGCAAAUGGGCGGCUGGUUCAGCAUCAUAACGCUGAAUCAAGCAGUCUGGACAAAAGGAAAGAAAUAUUUAGCAAAGAUACACUUUUUAAACCCCUGCACAAUACACUCUCUGUGAAUAGUUAUCACAAGUCCAGUGUGCCCCUACUCAAACCCCAUCAAAAGACAGCCUCUGACACACUGCCAAUCCGAUGUGAGAAAUUUGAACAAACUAUAGUAACCUCAGCUCCACAAGUUUUACCCGUUUCACAGAGACAGCAAGAGUCAGUUGGGAACCAGGAAGCCACCUUUGAUUAUUACAAUGUUUCCGAUGAUGAUGACUCAGAGGAAGGAACAAACAAAAAUGCUGAGGAAGAAAAAAACAGGGAUGAUGUGGGCACUAUGCAGUGGCUGCUCGAGCGGGAAAAGGAAAGGGAUCUGCAAAGAAAGUUUGAGAAGAAUCUCACUCUUCUCACCCCAAAGGAAACUGAAAACAGCAGCAACCAGAGAGCCACCCAUUCAGCUCGACUGGACAGUAUGGACAGCAGCAGCAUUACUGUAGACAGCGGGUUCAAUUCGCCACGUACUCGAGAGAGCCUGGCUUCCAACACUUCAAGUAUUGUUGAAAGUAAUAGACGUCAGAACCCAGCCCUGAGUCCUGCACAUGUUGGUGCAGGUCCAAUGUUCAGCUUUCGAGCAACUGCAGAUCCUCCAACAAGUGAAGCUGAAAAACUGCAGAAACCUGCUAACUGCCUACAAGCUUCUGUUACUAGUGUUUGAUAGUCAUUCUGCCUCUGUUCUUCUGUCUCAUCCGAUACAGCAAAGUUUACGACACUGGGACUGAUGUUUACAUCUUUGGAAAUAACAAGCAUCUCAUCCACGGUUUUUGUGCUUGCUUUAAACUGUGCUGCUAUGUAGUGAAAACAAAGAAAUCUUAAUUUCAAGGUAUUGCUUUUCACAUUUGCAGCUCUGUAGCAACAGACUAGCAGUAGGGAUAAUAUGUACACCUUUGCUUCACUUAAUUGUAACUGAGCACAUAUAUGAAAGUCUAGACACUGUAAGUGUAAUCUGCAUUUUCAAUGUCCAUGCAGUUGCCAAUUCCAUUUAAAAAUGCCACAGAUGUGUGAUGCCCCCGUGAGUGGUUAAACUUGGCCACAGAGUUGAUCCUUUUAUUUAAAAAAUUGAGCCACCACUAAAUAUAAACAGCUAGGUCACCUUGAGGGAAAACAAAGCCAAACAUGAUUAGUAAAGACCUAGCUCUGCCUGUGAAUUAUUUAUACAUCAGUCAUUUUCACUGUGAGUUUUUGACACACAAUUUUGCAAGAAUCUAUAAAAAGCAAGUCAAAAGAGGUCAUGUUUUAAGUCUGUUGGGUGGGAAUUAAGGGGGAAAUGCUGCAUUUAAUUUUUAUUGUUUCAAAAGUAUAUGAGAUGCUUGUCUUAAACUUACUAUGUUAACCUUCCAGAAUUGCAAACAGAGAUGUAGGCCUUUUAAUUCAGGUGAAAGAAGGGGAUGUCUAACAGUGUUUGAGGCAAAGCAAAUAGUUACAGAAAAGGUGGAGGGGUGGGUUUAAUCAAAUGUUUGAGGUGAUGGUCUCAUUAGUGUGGCACAUCUGGUAUUCCAACUUCCUGUUAAUAGAAUAAUCAGACUAUCAAUGUGUUUGAGCAAAAGAGAAGUUGUGUGUGGUACAAAUGCCAAAUGUGGCCUGAAGAGUUGAUUUCUUUCUAAUGGAAGGACAUAAUUCUAUUUUAGAUAGCUUUUAAGUAGAAUGCCUAAAUUAGGCUGUUGAAAAUAGCAUGCAUUGUAGUGGUUAUCAAAGGAGAAUUUUAGAGAAUUAUAAACUUCAGGCCUUUUAGUCAAUGGAUAUAAUUUACAAUUCAACAUUGUACGGACAUAAAUAGCUUUUAAAAUUACACAUGAUUAGAAAUGAAAUGUGUUCAAGAAAUCCUAAUUCUGCAGGUGUGGCAUAUUUUAUUUGUACUCCCUUAAAUUGUUAUUCCAAAGUAAUUUAUGCUAAAUGAUUACGCCAGAGUAACUUCUUACAGAUAGGCUAACUCCGAGUAAUUUUUAGGUAUAAAGGACCAUGUUCUGCUCUGUUACUCAUGCACAUGUAUACAGCAGCAAGCUGUCUCCAAAAGGUCCCAUAGUUGCUAUUUUAUCAGAACUGGAAGAAAAGCUAAAACAUUAAGAAAGAUGUUUAGCAACGUAAAUAUUUACCCUGUCUUUUGUUGGUACCCAAGUAUUACACCCCUCAGCACAUAAUAAAAAAAAUAUUUUCUUCAGUUUCUGGUGACAUGUAUAACUUGUAUAAACCAUUUGAGCUUGACUCAUGUUUUGUAUUGUCAUCAGAAUGAAUCUUUAGUAAAGAUGCAGCUUUAUAUUACAUAGUUGGAUAUAGCUUACAUACAAAUGAAAAGGCUUUAUAACUCUGGACUUGAUUGGCUUCUGAUUCUGUGAGGUAUAGCACACAGAACCUUUCUCUGUAAUGCACACAACUAACUGUUUUCCUUAUUUUUAUGCAUAAAUUCCAUUUCAUCAGAGCAAUAAGGCCUUUCAGUGCACAUAAGGGAAAUUACUGUAUUGUGCUUCUUAGUUGGUUAAAAUCACUUGGCCCUCUAGCCUCCUGCCUUAUCAUACCUUCCAAGCCAUGCUAUAAUGACCUAAUAAUACAUUGCCUGUCACAUCUUAUUGCUUAAAUAUAUACCUUCAGGAUUGCUUAUUACAUGCCGACUUCAGAGUCUUUUUUGUGAGGCGUCGUUGCAUACAAUACAGUGGCUGACUGUGAUUUUUUGUUUCUGAGAUAUGCUCUGAUGUUAGUAAUAUGUAUCAAUUCAGUAAAUAAAAAUGUUUGAACAAUAUCUUAACUUAUAGCUGAUUAUCUGAAACUACAAAUUGCAGUAUUAAAAUGUGAACAACAAAGACAAAGUUUACUUCUUUGGGGAAAACGUUUUUUAUGUUAUAAACUUAUUAAAAUUUAUACAGGUACAGAAGACAUCCUUUCAGAGAAAUAACAUAGUAUCUAUUUUAAAACUUUACAAUAUGUGAUUUCCCAUAAGCCAACAGACAACAUAAAAUGUCAUAUUAAUGUUGACAUGGCAUACUACUGGUAUUAAUGUAACUCGGAAUAUGGAAUGUAAACAGAAGUUUCAAAUAGAAACAUUCUGAUCUUUGAUUUUCAAAAAAAUUCAACAAGGGACUAUAAAGAAAUUCCUAGUAACAAAACCAUAGGAGUAAAGCAUGUGUUACCUUAAUCCUUCAAUGAAAUCAUAGCCUUGUAUUACUUGGUUGUUUAUCUAUCAUUCUUCUUACUAUUUAAAAGUUUACAGAAUUACAUUAGGUUGAAUCUCUGUGUUGUGUCAACUUUAAAGGGUCAACACAAAUCUGUUGGCAUUUUGCACACUUUAAUAUGUAUUAUUAUAAUACAACAUGUUACUUUUAUGGUGAUUUUUUUACAUAUAUAACUACCUCCAUGAAUUUGAUGAAAUGCAGCAACAUAAAGUGUAUUAUAAAAAGCAAGGUUAAAAAAAAUUCUGAAUCCUAAAGUUAUGGUGUUCUCUUAUGUGUCAGUGUUUGCAUUACAAAAUCAUUAUGUUUUCAUUGCUAUGAUUUUCUUUUACUGUAUUAAAUUUGGCUUUCAGUUUAAUAAUUUGAGUUUUUGAUAAGGCCACAUAGUUUUGUUAAUAGUAACCGGAAGUCUAAUACCUUCUUUUAUCUCGCCUUUACUGCUAAAGAUUUUAUCUAGUAGAAAAUCAUAAUACUAAUUGUAAUUUAGCAGAUUAUUAUUCCCACGGGGUAUGAAAUAUGAUGGGCAGUUUGGGGUAUAACAAAAGACACACCAGGUAUUAUUUUUUUGCCAAUCUUCAAACACUUUGUGCCCUAUUCUGCCUUCACUUAUACCAGCAUAUCAAAUCAGACCUCUUAAGUGGCAGGAGUUGUGCACUAUCCCACUGUCAUUUAAAUGAUGUGCGCUUCAUUUUCUAAAUUCCAUGCAUCUUAGAUACUUGCUUCCAUUGAAAAUAAUGAUAAAACUAAUUGACUUUACUGAAAUUAGUAUCAGGGACCCUGAGUAAGAUAUAUAUUGAGAUGUCCCUCCUGCAAAGAAGCUGGGCAGACUUCCAAUAAAUAAGGGAUUAACUGUAGAUUUAUAAACAAUUACAAGUUGCCUUUUAAAAAAAACUAGAAAAAUUUCAAAUACCAGGGAAAAUAAGUGAAAGCUGCCCCUUAGCAGUUCUAAUUUAUGUACAAAACCUGCGUUAAUCAUGACUUUUUUUACAUUACUCAGCUGUAAAUUAGUCUGCAAUCAUUAGAUGACUCAAUUUUGCUUUGUAAGUAUUUCCAUUUUUAAAAAAUAAGAGAAUAGUACUCAGCAGAGCGGAGUAAAAUGCUUGCAUUGUAGAAAGCAAUUCUCAUCCCCAUUCAAACAGUAAAAUCUAUUUGAAAACAAAGUUUUUAAUUAAAAAAACUUGGUCUUCUUGCCGGUGGUGGUAGUUUAUUUUUGGAAAAAAUAGAAAUCAUGAACAAUAUUUGAAGCCCAUCAUAAACUAUUAUUAUAUUUUGCACUUACAGCUCAUGCCUUUUACUUGAGAAUCUCAAAGCACUUCACAAACUAUUAAUUCAGCCUCACAAGCCUGUGAGGUAGGCAAAUUUCAUUAUCCCUAUUUUACUCACUGACAUAUUGAAACAUAGAAAAGUUGUGAUAUAUCCAAGACCACUCAGAGUCAAUGAAGUGCUAAUCAAACUGUUUCUUUAUUUCAGUUGAGUCAUGAUAAUAGUUUUAAUGUUUUAAUAUUUAACCAAAGUGCUUAAUGUUUACAUUAGAAAGAGAUUCUUCUGAGGUGUUAAAUUUAUUAGAGUAGGAGAGAAACUAGUUUAUAGUCCUGCAAUGGUUUUGAUAUUGGAAGUGCCAAAAAACAUUCACAUUUCAGCAAUAGGGCUGCUGCCAAUAGUGGUGUCAGAAGUCAAUUUUAACUAAAAACAUGUUUUUCAAAUACAUUUUACAGGACUUUCCUGAAAGUGAUACAUCAAAUUGCUAUCCUGAGUAAAUAGAUAGUCUUAAUCUAGUGUCACGCCAUCAUUUACAAUCCUCUCUGCUCCUCUGAAGAAGACAGUAUAGUAUUAAAGAGAAAUGCUGCAAUUUUUUACAUAAUUCCUUUAAACAUAUAUACUUAAAUGUUACCCUUAAUAUAUUAAUGCGUCAGAAUUUCCUGUUAAUAUACAGCAUGCCCAGCUGGAAUUGUUGAAGUGACACUGGUGUAAAAGAAGAAGAAGGGGGUUAUCACUUUUUUUCUUUUGGUAGCAGCAUUCCCAAUUUUUUGCUUUACACAGGUUAUAUCUGGAAUAACCCUACUGGUUUACACUGGGGUGACUGAGAUUAGACUCAAUCUUUAACUCCAUUGGAGCUUUGUUCUGAUCUAAGGAUUUUUGUUUCUUUCUCUGGGUUGAAUAUGUAGGAGAGGCAGAAGGCCACUUACACCUGGAUUUGAAAAUGUGACUUUGGUUGAAUAAACAGAUGUUUCUCCUAUAUAAGAAAUCUGUAGUGAAAUGCACGGUGAGCAAGCCUCCUACCCCCCUGGUCUGGAUACUAAUGCACAACCAUCUGUUUUGCACAAUGGAAGGGCAAAUCUCUGUUCAGUAUAUUGCACUCAUCAAGCUGUACAGUCGAUAAGAGCCACCCAAAGGAUGCCCAUGUGAAAGUAUGAAAGGUCUGAACAGGGCUGUUAAAGUAAUUGGCCCAGAUGUUACUUUUAAACAUAAAGGAGACUUAGUUUAAAGGGAUCAUACUUCUGCAGGUAACUUUCUGUGAGUGACUGAAUGUGACUGUCGCAUUAGGUUAAAAUGAGUUAAUAAAUGCAAGUGGGACUUACUGUAUGUUAGAAGGGAGUUUUGCAGCCAAGACUGCCUUGUAUAAAUGUGUUUGCACUGAAAAUAAAUUUUAAAAAUUACUUGGUCUCUGGUUGCUGUAAAGGUCAUCCAAGAUGGAUGUUCUGUUUAUAUUGUAUAGUAUUUCAUAUGAAAUAAUUACAGUUCAUGAAAUGUCUUCCCUAAUGUUACUGAUUUAUAACAGCACAUUUGUAACAUGGUUUUUAUUGUGUCAGUGUACCAUAUUGUAAAUGAUGAUAACUUGUCAUGCUUAGUAUAAUAAUUUAAAGGAGAAAAGGACAGGGAUUUUUGUAAGUCUAUAUAUUUGAAAGUCCCUCCAUAUGGUAAUAUUGUGUACAUGUUGUUUAUGUAGUGUUGUGUGAAAUAUCCAUUUUGGAUUGUGUUACUUUUUAAGAUAUUAAAUAACAUUUGGUUAUAUGUUUUCAGUGAUUUUUUGGGCUCCUUCAGGGAAUGUGGAGGGCACGUGUCUUCUCAAGUUACAUCCAGUGUUUCUUGCCCUCAUUUAGUAAAUGCAAAAAAUAAAGGUAAUUGCGGCUUAAUAUUUUUAUGGAUACUGAAUGAAAUUGCUAUGAUCAUAUCAUAGAAUCAGAAGACACCCCUGGGCAUCAUCAAGUCCAAUAUAGCAGAACCAAGCACCAUCUAGACCAGCAGUGGGAAAUAAAACUGCGGCGGUUUGCCAGGCUUAGCCCCUGGUGGGCUUGUGCUGCUAUAUUUAUGUAUGCCUCCGCAGGUACGGGUGAUUGGAACUUCUGACCAAUGGGAGCUGUGGAAAGCAGCGUGGACUGGGACAUAGUUUCCUGCAGCUCCAAUUGGCUGGGAACAGCAAUCCGUAGCCAACAGGAACUGCAGUUGCUCGUACCUGAGGAGGCACAGGUGUAUAUAUAUUAGCACUGGCCUGCUAGGGGUGCUAACUCUGGCAUACUGGAUCGGGCCCAUAGUACAGUAUUUGCCCAUCCCGAUCUAGACCGUUCCUGACAGGUGUGUGUCUAACCGGCAUUUAAAUAUCUUCAGUGAUGGAAAUCCACAUCAUUAUUUCUAGUACUAGAGAAGCAAUAGUGAAAACUAAACAUAGGUAUUGGAAUUAAAACUCCCAAUUUGAAUUGGACAACUUCAGUGAGCACAUUUAUUAUUGAAUUUACAAAAAUAUAGUUCAGGUAGAUCAGACUUCUAUGAGAUGGAAAAUCCUUUAAAGCAUUGCAAUGUCAACUGGAAACAAAUGUCUCUUUUCCUUUUUCUUUU